AUGGCCUCCGACAUCACCCUCUACUCCUGGGGCACCCCUAACGGCAUCAAGGCCUCCAUUACGCUGGAGGAGCUCGGCCUUCCCUACAAGACCGAGCCAAUUGACAUCAGCACCAAUAUUCAGAAAUCGGAGUGGUUUUUGAAGAUCAACCCGAACGGCCGCAUCCCUGCCAUCGUGGACGGUUCGCAGCGCGUGUUUGAGAGCGGCGCAAUUAUGCUCUAUCUGGCCGAUAAAUACGACACCAACCGCAAGAUCAGCUAUGCACCAGGCACGCCGGAGUACAUCGAGCAGCUGUCAUGGCUAAUGUUUCAAAUGGGAGGUAUUGGGCCCAUGCAAGGCCAGGCAAACCACUUCCGCGUCUUUGCUGGGACGCGCUCCGAUUACGGAAUCGAUCGAUAUAUGGGCGAGACGAAGCGACUCUACUCGGUUCUGGAAUCCCGGCUGCAGGAAAGCCCUUACUUGGCUGGAUCCAAGUACACCAUUGCCGACAUUGCGAACUACGGAUGGGUCCAGUCCGCACCAAUCACGCUCGGUAUUGAUUUGAGUGAAUGGCCCGCACUGAAGAAAUGGUAUGAGAACAUCGGAGCACGCGCUGCAGUGAAGAAGGGCGUGGAUGUGCCGCCGUCUACCAAGAGCUAUGAGGAGAAGGUAGAGUUUUUCCGGAACUCUCGGGCCAAGAUUGAUGCCAUGACGAACUCGGAUAAGCAUUAG